AUGGCUGUUCUUUCGGCCACCAACUUGAUGUGGCUACAGGCGACACCUCACGCUAUAAGUACUAUUUCAUGGCGCUGGUAUUUGGUUUUUACGUGCAUUCCGGGCGCUGCGGCUGUUAUUGUUAUUCUUCGCUUCAAGGAUACGAGAAGCAAGCCGCUUGAGGAGAUUGCGGCUAUUUUUGGUGAUCAAGAUAUGGUUGCUGUAUAUCAGCGAGAGUUGAAUAUUGGUACGCUUGAUGAAGCGGAUGACAGUGGACAUGAUAGCAAAAACAUGUCCGGUCCGUCGGUGGAGAUGGCUGAGAAUGUUUGA